CAGCUCUCUCUCUGAACUUUACUAGCGAACAAGCUCCUCUCAUUAGAGAGUUGCGAAACUGACUUCAUGGGACGGUCAUAGCCGUUUUUGACGGCUCUGUGGUGCACAAUACUGCAACUGAGGGUCGAAGUCUGUGUUGACGGGUUAUAUACUCGUUGCCCCGGCCGAGGUUAUAGUCUUCAUCUACUAGAGUAGAGCACACACCGACGCCGUAUCACACAUAUGCCAUACAUUAAACCAUAAUGAAGCCAGCAAAGCCCUUUUCUACCACAAUGGACGAGCAGACGUUCGUCCCGAGGACUAUGAGAGCCCUAUAUCACCGACCGGCUUCUACUGCCAUCACCGAUCAGACAGCUUUGGAUGCGCCCAGGGUGGAUUCGGGGAUUAUCUUCGACACGGACUUCCCAGUACCAAAGCCAGCAGCGAAUCAGUACAUCAUCAAGAUUCAAACAGCGGCUUUCUCUCAUGACGGACUAAGGCUCGCUCGAAGCCUCCACCCGUCGAAAUCAAUCCCUCAGAUUCCCCUGCACAACUAUUGUGGCAUAGUCAUCAGCACUCCCACCGAAGAUCACGAUAAACCAGAUGGCCCAAAAUUCAAAGUCGCCGACACUGUCUUUGGGCUCAUUAGCAACACCCGUGACGGCGCCGCGGCAGACUAUAUAGUCGCAACCGAAGAUGAGAUCGCGUUGAAGCCGAAGAACAUCAGCGCCGCCGAGGCAUCUACCAUCCCUGGACCUGCUCUCACGGCAUGGCAGGCUUUGUUCACAUACGGGGGCCUCGACCCCAGCGACGCGCGUCGUAAGCUGCGCGUUCUGGUGACUAACGCCCGUGAUAACGAAGUCGCUGCCCAGGCGCUCCAACUGCUUCGGGCUCGAUCUCUAUUUCCACACCACCGACCAUGGAUCUGCACUACCUGCUCAUGCCCGGAACACGACGACUUUCUGCGCGAUCAUGUCAAAGUGGACGAAGUUAUCGACGCCGCGCUCCCCUUACCACAAGACUUCGACCUCGCCGAGAUUUUCCGCAAGAACAAAUGGGAUCCAGUCGACGUCAUCCUCGACUGCGCCGGAGAACAGAUGUUCAACCUCGCCCACUCAUCCGACGUCGUCAAAAACAACGGUGUCGUCCUGACCGCCGUAGACGACACAGCAGUGCAGCCCCAAACUGCUGACAGGGAAGCCCAGACCCAGAAACACGGCCUGUUCAGCCGAUUCGUUGCUUUGAAACCGGAUGGUAAAGCCCUAGCUCGCAUUGCGGAACUGGUCGAAGAGGGUUCCAUCCGUGGCCGGGUCCAGAGUAUCGUGGAUCUGGCCCAUGGAGUGGAUGUCCUAGCGGCUGAGGCAGCUGGCGCUGGUGGAGGCAGGAGAGGAGGGAUGAUGGUCUUCCGGGUGAAUAUUUAAUCUCCCUGUUCUUUCUCUGUCUCAUAUUUUCGUAUGUUUCUUUUACUUGUUUGGUCACAUUCAGUAUGUACAGUCAUUUCAUAGCAUCGAGCGGCAUUUAGUUGAAAUUUUCUGAUUCUCAUGUAGAAUGCUACACUGUUAACUUCA